AAAAUGGCGGAGUCCACAGAACUGAAGCACAUGAUUAUGAGCUUUCGAGUCUCAGAAUUACAAGUUUUAUUGGGUUUUGCUGGAAGAAACAAGAGUGGUAGAAAACAAGAAUUAUUACAGAGAGCUUUACAAUUAGUACAGAAAGGUUGUGGCCUUCAAGUUCAAAUUAAAAUACGGGAAUUAUAUAGACAAAUAUUUGCUACUAACGCUAAUAAUAGAAGACGGUUUACUGAUCCCACUACAUUGACACACAGUCAAACAGAACAACCUACGCCUACUCCGGGGAUAGCUAGUGGUGGUAUAGAUUAUGGUGGAAGUAAACAUUUAACAACGAUACACCCUCCAACAUCAUCCUCAAUGCCUGUUCAUCCUGACGUCAGAUUUAAACAUUUACCAUUCUAUGAUUUAUUAGCAGAAUUAAUGAAACCAACUAGUUUGGUUCCAAAAAGUAAUAACAGAUUUCAAGAAUCUUUUUUUGUGUUUCAUCUUACUCCUCAACAAGCUCAAGAUAUAGCUAUGUCUAGAGAUUUUCGACCCGGUGCCAAAUGUGAAUAUACUGUACAGGUCCAAUUGAGAUUUUGUCUAUUAGAAACUAGUUGUGAACAGGCUGAUAAUUUUCCUCCCAGUAUUUGUGUAAGAGUAAAUGGUAAAAUGGCCCCAUUGCCGAAUCCAAUUCCUACAACCAAACCUGGUAUUGAACCCAAACGUCCUGGUCGAGCUAUUGAUAUCACAUCAUUAUGUCGUUUAUCACCAACAAUAUCCAAUCAUUUAGAUGUGUCAUGGGCAUCUGAAUUUGGUCGGGGUUAUUGUUUAGCAGUGUUUUUAGUACGAAGAUUAACCUCUGAUAUAUUACUACAAAGAUUAAAACAGUUUGGUAAUCGACAUCCUGAUCAUACCAGAGCAUUAAUCAAAGAAAAAUUAGCACAUGAUCCUGAUAGUGAAAUAGCUACAACUAGUCUACGUGUCUCAUUAAUGUGUCCACUGGGAAAGAUGAGAUUACAAAUACCUUGCCGAGCAAGUACAUGUACUCAUUUACAGUGUUAUGAUGCCAAUACAUUUCUUAUGAUGAAUGAGAAAAAAGCAACGUGGAUUUGUCCUGUUUGUGAUAAACCUGCUACAUUUGAUAAAUUAAUAAUAGAUGGUUAUUUCUUAGAGAUAUUCCGAGCGUCUCCUAAUUGUAAUGAUAUACAGUUUCAUCCAGAUGGUAACUGGAGUCGGCUGGAACCACCAAAAGAAACUCAUGUAAUAGCUAGUCCGGUUGUAUUUAAAAAUGAAACAGCUUCUUCACCUACAUCUACUGCUGCUGUUAAAUUACAACCUUCUGAGCCAUCUAGUAAUAGUGGCGGUAAUGAUGAUGUUAUAGAUUUGACAUUAGACAGUUCAGAAGAUGAAGAAGAU